AUGGGCUGCGAGGAUUGCACCGAGUGCCUUUUCCGCAAUUCCUCCGCCCCGUCCGCUUCCGCCUCCGCGCCGAAGCCCUUCCCCUCGCAGCGGUCGCCGCCGAUCGGCCACGUGCCCACUCUCCAGCCGUUCGCGGCGCGUUCGAUUUUCACGGGAGUGCGCCACGCGGGACAGCCGGCUGAGGUGGAAGAGAGCGACGCCCACGUGGCGGCCAACGAGGCCGGCCGUGUCGACGUGGCGUCGUUCAUAAUGAAGAAUUACACCCCGUACGACGGCGACGAUAGCUUCCUCGCCGGGCCGACCCCCCGAACCUUGGAGAUCUGGGACAAGUGUUGCGAGCUGCUCAAGAUCGAGCACGAGAAGGGCGUGCUGGACUGCGAUCCGUCCACGCCCGCGUCGAUCGUGUCGCACGGCCCGGGGUACCUCGACAAGGAGAAGGACCUCAUUGUCGGCUUUCAGACAGACGCGCCGCUCAAGCGCAUGAUCAAGCCCAAGGGCGGCUGGCGCAUGGUCGAGGCGGCCCUCGAGAGUUACGGUUACCCAGUCGACGACAGAGUGCGCGAGGUGUUUAUGAAAUACGUGAAGACGCAUAAUGCGGGAGUCUUUGACGCGUACACGCCGGAGAUGCUGGUUGCGCGGCGCGAGGGCAUCCUGACAGGCCUUCCCGACGCGUACGGCCGAGGCCGCAUUAUCGGCGACUACCGCCGCGUCGCGCUCUACGGAGUCGACGCGCUAAUUGCGGCGAAGGAGGCGGACAAGGCGGCGCUGGGCCCAGAGAUGACGGAGGACGUUAUUCAGCUGCGCGAGGAAGUUGCGGAGCAGAUUCGCGCGCUCGAGGAGCUCAAGGCCAUGGCGAAGAACUACGGAUACGAUAUCAGCCGACCCGCUACGAACGCCCGCGAGGCCGUGCAGUGGCUGUACUUCGCGUACCUAGCGGCGAUUAAGGAGCAGGACGGAGCGGCGAUGUCGCUGGGGCGCGUGGAUGCGUUCCUCGACGUGUACUUCGAGAAGGACCUCAAGAGCGGCGCGCUCACGGAGGAGCAGGCGCAGGAGCUCAUCGACGAUCUCGUAAUUAAGCUGCGCCUGGUGCGCCAUCUGCGCACGCCCGACUACAACAACCUGUUCGCGGGUGAUCCCACGUGGGUGACGGCCGUCGUGGGCGGGCUCACCAAGGGCGAAGGCGGGCGACACAUGGUUACCAAAACCGCGUAUCGCAUCCUGCAGACGCUUCGCAACCUCGGCCCCGCGCCGGAGCCCAACCUAACGGUCCUCUGGUCGCCGAAGCUUCCGGAGCACUUCAAGCGGUUCUGCGGAAAGCUGUCGCUGGACCUGUCGUCGAUCCAGUACGAGAACGACGACGUCAUGCGACCGCUGUUCGGCGACGACACGGCGAUCGCAUGCUGCGUAUCCGCGAUGACGAUCGGCAAGCACAUGCAAUACUUCGGAGCGCGAUGCAACCUGCCGAAGCUGAUGCUCUACGCCAUGAACGAGGGCAAGGACGAGGUGAGCGGCGUGCAAGUCGCGCCGCAGUUCGCGCCACUGCCGGACGGCCCGCUGGAGUUUAACGACAUGAUGGCGCGGUACGAGACGGCCAUGGAAUGGCUCGCGGGUCUGUACGUGAACACGAUGAAUAUUAUUCACUACAUGCACGAUAAGUAUAACUACGAGCGCGUGCAGAUGGCGCUACACGACACCCACGUGGGGCGGCUCGUCGCGUUCGGCGUCGCGGGGCUGAGCGUCGCGGCGGACUCGCUCUCGGCGAUUAAGCACGCCAAGGUGACGCCGAUUAAGGACGACCGCGGCCUGGUCACGGACUUCAAGAUCGAAGGCGACUUCCCGAAAUUCGGGAAUGACGUGGAGGAGGUUGAUUCGCUGGCGUCGUGGCUGGUGGAGACGUUUAUGGCGAAGCUGCGCGCGCACAAGACGUACCGCGGCGCGGAGCACACGCUGUCCGUGCUAACGAUCACGUCGAACGUGGUGUACGGCAAGCACACGGGCAACACCCCCGACGGGCGCAAGAAGGGCGAGCCGUUCGCGCCUGGCGCGAACCCGCUGCACGGGCGCGACGUGGAGGGCGCGCUGGCGUCGCUCAACUCCGUGGCGAAGCUGCCGUACGAAUCGUGCCUGGACGGGAUUAGUAACACGUUCACGAUGGUGCCGUCCGCGCUGGGGAAGGAUGACGACUCGCGCACGAGCAACAUGGUUCAGAUCCUCGACGGUUACUUCAACCAGGGGGCCUUCCACCUGAAUGUGAAUGCGCUGAACCGGGAGACGCUACUAGACGCCAUGGAGCACCCCGAGCAGUACCCUCAGCUCACCAUCCGCGUGUCGGGCUAUGCCGUGCACUUCACUCGCCUCACCCGCGACCAGCAGCUCGACGUCAUCUCCCGCACCUUCCACGAGUCCAUGUAG